UUACAGCACAAGCUGAAUCUUCCACAUUUUUUUUCCACAAAUUUCAUCAUUUUCAAAACUUAUAAACUACCUUACUUGACAAAAAAGCUGUAGUUUGCUGCAUAAUGUCAAGCGAGAUCCUUAAAGAGUCGAGGCGACUUAGAAAACUAGAACAUGAAAUCCUAAAACUCCAAAAAGCCAUGGAAGAUGCACACAACAAUGUUGGACUGGGGGGAAACAAUCCCGAGCUGGAAAAGUUGCAGGUAGAGAAUAUGAAGCUGAAGCAUCGUCUUAUCAUUCUGAAUAAGGCAAUCGCAGCCGAGCUUGGUUCCAAAUAUAAAGUGGUUUCCGGUGAUACUAUAUCGAUUUUGGACCACCUCAAUGAGCUCUUUUCGCAAGCCAUCGCAACUGCAUUCCCGCAGGUAUGCAAGGACAUCCCAGUGGUAAUAACCGUUUCCAGUGCGGCCAAGUUUGGCGACUACCAAUGCAACAACGCGAUGCAAAUUGUGCAAAAGUUGAAGGCGCUCGACAUUAAAAUUAAUCCACGAGAUGUGGCCAUCAAGCUGAUGGACGCACUACCAAAAUCAAGUACUAUUAGCAAGGUCGAAGUUGCUGGAGCAGGUUUUGUAAAUGUGUUUCUGGAUAAGAAAUUCGGUGCCUCCGCCAUUAUGUCUAUUCUGAAGAAUGGCGUUAAACCGCCUCAGUUCGAGAAGAAGCGGGUAAUUGUCGACUUUUCAUCUCCAAACAUUGCAAAAGAAAUGCAUGUUGGCCAUUUACGUUCCACAAUCAUUGGAGACUCAAUUUGUCGAUUCCUAGAGUUCUUAGGACAUGAUGUCUUGAGGCUUAAUCAUGUUGGCGAUUGGGGUACCCAAUUUGGUAUGCUGAUUGCUCACUUGCAGGAUCGGUUUCCCGAUUACCUGAAGGUUUCUCCUCCAAUCAGUGACCUGCAAGGGUUCUAUAAAGAAAGUAAAACAAGAUUUGAUUCCGAUGAGGCAUUUAAGAAGCGUGCUUAUGCUUGCGUUGUAAAGUUACAAAGCGGUGUUGCCGAUUUUUUGAAAGCUUGGAAAUUGAUAUGCGACGUGUCCAGGAAAGAAUUCCAAAAAGUGUACGAUCGAUUGGAUGUCAAGCUUGUAGAACGAGGUGAAUCAUUCUAUCAGAAACGUAUGGAAACAAUCGUAAAAGAACUGGUAUACGCUGGCUUUUUGGAAGAAGAUGAAGGACGUAAGAUUAUGUGGGGCGAAAAUAAAGACGGUAUUCCUUUGACGAUCAUCAAAUCGGACGGCGGUUUCACGUACGAUACCUCAGAUAUGGCCGCGAUCAAACAACGUUUGCACGAAGAAAAAAGUGAAUGGUUGAUAUAUGUAACGGAUGCUGGCCAGGCUACCCACUUUCAAACAAUAUUCUCCUGUGCCCGUCGCGCCAAUAUACUAGAUGCCAACGUACACCGUGUUGAUCACGUUGGAUUCGGAGUGGUGCUAGGAGAGGACGGCAAAAAAUUUAAAACACGAUCUGGCGACACGGUCAAGCUGACAGAGCUCUUGGAUGAAGGACUAAAGCGUUCUUUAGAUAAGUUACUCGAAAAGGAGCGUGAUAAGGUGCUCACACCGGAAGAACUUAAACAGGCCCAGGAGUCUGUUGCGUACGGAUGCAUUAAAUAUGCUGACCUUUCACACAACAGAAAUAACGAAUACAUUUUCUCUUUCGAUAAGAUGUUAGAGGAUAAGGGUAAUACAGCGGUUUAUCUUCUGUACGCGUACACUCGCAUACGCUCAAUAGGUCGCAACUGUGGAGGCGACUUUGCCAACAAUAUCGGAAAAGUCAUCAAUACUACCGAGCUAACAUUGGAGCACGAAAAGGAAUGGAAGCUAGCAAAGGUUCUCUUGAAGUUUACCGAUGUCAUAAAGCUAAUUUCAAAGAAUCUCUGCCUGCAUCACCUUUGUGAAUUUGUGUACGAAGUUAGCACAACGUUUACAGAAUUUUAUGAUAGCUGUUACUGCAUUGAGAAGAAUAAACAAGGAGAAAUCGUCAAGAUCAAUGCCGGACGUGUCUUGCUCUGUGAAGCUACAUCCAUGAUUUUGGGCAAAUGCUUCGAUAUUCUGGGACUGAAACCACUGCAUAAAAUUUAAAAUCAUUUCCACCUGUACUUUUUCGGUUUGAGUGAACUAUUACAAUAAAUGUU